UGUAGGAUAGCUGCAGUCACUAACUUGUAAAAGUGGAGGUGUUUAGUUUGGACUGUUGGAUCUUAGUUGAUAAGGAAAACAAACAAUGUGCUGUUUCAAGCUUAACGAACAGUUUCUUAAGAUAGCUGUUAUCUUUACCCUGCAUUCUGCAAUAUUAGCUGAAAUUCACCGGGCUCGGCCAUAUCGAACAAUUUCUCAGUUGCCGCAUCGCCAAGAGAUGGGAGACAGCAGUAACUCGGAAAGACGAGACAGCCAUACACCAUUAGAAGAGGGGGUCAACUAUUUCUUAAAUCUUAUUUGGGACACUGAGCCAUUGAACAUGUUCGGCUGUUAUCAGAAGUGGGUGCUCUCAAUUUUAGCAUCUUGCAUCGUCGGACUAAGUGGGAUUGUUCCUUUAGCAGUUAUUCCUGUUGAAGCAGGAGCCAGCUUGAAGGACAAAGAUGGGGCUAAAACACUGCGAAAGUUGCUAAGUUUUGCUGUUGGUGGAUUGUUGGGUGAUAUAUUUCUUCAUCUACUCCCAGAAGCAUGGAAUAACUUGCAUAAAGUUGGCCCAGAUCUCCACACAGCUCACAUGCAUCUAGGAUUUCUGGUGCUUUUAGGCCUUUUUACUUUCAUCAUUGUUGAAAAAAUUUUUGCAUUUUCUAAAGAGGUUGAAGAUACAGAAAAAAAGUCUGUCAAGAUAAAUUCUACUGAAUUUAUAACAAACAAAGAAUCUAAAAAGAUCACAGAGAAAGAAGAUUGUGUACAAAAUAACAUUAAGGAACAGAAGAAUGGAUGUUCACACCUUAUACAGUCUAGUGAGCAGAAGAAUAUUGAUUCUUCACCAAAUAAAUCUAACAAUAUUCAUAUAGCUGGAUACUUGAACCUACUUGCAAAUAGUAUAGACAACUUCACUCACGGGUUGGCUGUAGCUGCCAGCUUUCUCAACAGUACCAAGAUGGGUGCAGUUACAACUUUUGCAAUACUAAUUCAUGAGAUUCCCCACGAGGUGGGAGAUUUUGCUAUUCUAUUAAAAUCUGGUUUCAACAGGUGGGAAGCAGCGAGAGCUCAGAUAUCUACUGCAAGUAUAGGUAUUCUAGGAGCGGUUGUUGCAUUGUGUGCUGAAUCUGCAGAGGCUGUUGGUGACAAAACGGCAUGGAUAUUACCUUUUACAGCAGGAGGGUUUCUAAACAUAGCUUUAGUUACUGUUCUACCUGAUAUCAUGAGCGAGGACAACCCAUGGGAGUCCUUGAAACAGUUUAUGUGCAUAGGUGCUGGUAUAUCAGUGAUGGCUCUGGUGAACGUCUUAGCCGAGUGAAAGCUGGUGAAGAGAACGUUCAGCAAUCUCGUCUGUUGUUUGUUUGAUUACUCUUACUUGUAUUGUUGUACUGCAGCUAGCUGACCAUGGGUUCAUAGUUCAUCUUCUGUACUGAAAACACUUGUGGAACAGACUUAAAUGGUUUAUAUUUUACAGUGUAAUUAAGUGAAACUUAUGUGUUCCAACACUUUCUUUCUUUCGUAGUUCUACCAAGACCUCACCAUGGCUGGUACUUACAGAGUCUUAUAUUCCACACUUCCACUCUACAUAUUCCCUCAAUAUUUAUGUAACUUGUUUCUUCUAAUAUUUUGUUGCAGUUUCAAUGACACAUUUUUUCACCAAAAGUAUAUUUUUUCUUAUUUAUUCCAUAUUACUUUGUUUGGAAUACAUAUUCAGUGAAGAAGAAAUCAAAAAUUUAUCUGUACUUGCCCUUGAGGUGUAAAGUAAAUUACUUUUUAUACAAGAAUAUUGAAAUUUGAUUUAAUCUGUAAACCUUGAACCAACUUCACUAAAUUUCAGGUGUAAAGUCACUGAAAAUAUAAACUUAUAAAAUAUAAAUUUUCAUAAGUGAAACAGUGCUAUAAAUUUUUAUAGGUUGCUUGUUUUAAAUGCAUUCCAUGUAUGUUCUAUACAUAUUAAAGUCUGAUAAUUCUUGCUGGUGUGAUAAGUACAGACAGACAUAGUUUUUCUCUCGAGUAUCUGAUGACAAACUUAUUUUGAAACUUCAUGUUCUUGUUGUAAUCGUAUUCUGUAUAUUUAAUACAGAAGAUUUUGUUCUUGUAUGUAAAGUAAUAUUUUAGAUUAAUGCAAUAAAUAUUUAUUGAGGAAAUAAUUACAAGGAACAAAACAAGUUGUUUCAAAGACUUGUGAUUAAUCGUUGCUUCUUUCUAAAGUUGAUAGUUUUAAAUGUAAUCCUAAAAAUGUAAAAAUCCAGAUAGUGAAGGUUAGUACAGAGUAACAAAUACACAUGAAAUGUGAUAAAAAUUGCUGACUAAAGUAGUGACACGUAAUAUUUGGCAGUGAAUGUCUAUGAAGAACAUGUAAUCUUUUUGAUAUUACACUAGUCAAUCCAAGCUUGGUUUUGUGUUCCUGUUACUUGGAAGUCCUGUCUUCUUAAUGUCUCCAUAAUUAUAUUUAUGUAUUUGUUAUAUAAAAUAUUAUGUAGAUCUGUUAGAGUUGCUAGUUUUAGUUGAAUUAUUUGGAAAAAUACUUAGCUUGCCAGACUGUGAAACUGAGGGUUCAUAGUUCAUAUACCGUUGCUACAGAAUUGUUGUCCACAAUUUGGGGCCAUGGGUGCAUUAGAUAAGAAAUGGUCAAAUCCAACUAUUUGUGUGGAAUAGCCCAAGAGUUGGUGGUGGAUGCUGUUGACAGGGG